AUGCCUCCCAAGAUCGACCCAAAUGAGAUCAAGGUCAUCCACCUCCGUGCCACUGGAGGUGAAGUCGGCGCCUCUUCGGCUCUUGCACCGAAGAUUGGCCCUCUCGGCCUUUCGCCCAAGAAGGUCGGAGAAGACAUUGCGAAAGCCACUGGCGACUGGAAAGGCCUGCGCGUGACUGUCAAGCUUACCAUUCAGAACCGUCAGGCCGCGGUUUCUGUUGUGCCGACCGCCUCCUCGCUGAUCAUUCGUGCUUUGAAGGAGCCUCCUCGUGAUCGCAAGAAGGAGAAGAACAUAAAGCACAACAAGUCUGUCGCCCUUGACGAGAUCAUUGAGAUUGCCCGCACCAUGCGCUACAAGUCUUUCUCUAAAGAUCUGAAGGGCGGUGUGAAGGAAAUUCUCGGUACUGCUUACAGUGUCGGAUGCCGUGUUGACGGCAAACCCCCCAAGGUCAUCAUCGAAGCCAUCGACAACGGCGAGAUCGACAUUCCCGAAGAAUAA